CAUUGAUAGUAGUUGCUGUUUGCCGUGUAAAAAGUUUAUUUGCUUACAAAUUCGUAAUGUUUUCACGAUAUUCCCGACAGAAAUUAUUACCGCGAUUAAUCUUGCAAUAAAAGUUGAAUGUGACAAAGUUGAGAAGUGUAGAAUUUCUGCAUACGACGCGUAUUACGCGUACAGGUAGUGUGUGAAGUUAAGGUCUUAACCUUGUAAAUAAAGCUUCGCAUUCGGCAGUACAUUGAGCCACUACUUGAGAACGCAACAGUGAUUUGGAAAGAUCUAUAUAAUAAAGCAACAAUGAGUCCAUUAAAUCGGGGACCUUUAUUAGGGCCAAGAGUUCCACCAGCUGGUAUACGGCCUCCUCCACCUCCAAGAUUUGGUGGUAGACUUCCACAUCCUGGUUUACCUCCGAGAAUGCCACCACCUCCUAUGAGUCCAGUUUUCGGACCAAUGAGAUUACCACCACCACCACGACCAGGUGGAGUAAGCCGACCCAGUGGACCCAUGCCAUUAUUUGGUCCAAGAGUCAGGGGUAUGGCUCCAAUGGUUCCACCAAUGGGUUUAAGAGACGCAGGACCUAGAGUACCAUUAAUGAGACCGUGGCAUAGAAGAGCACUACCACCCCAAAUCUUGUCUCAUAUGAGACCACGAUUUUCCAUAGGAAAUGGCAAUGUUAAAGGCAAAGCAUUGAAUAAUGUGAAAAAAGUGUGCAAACUUGAAGAAAUAGAAUUAAAGAAGCCAUGGAUGACUGAUGAAAUUCGUAGUGAAAUACAAAAGAAAAAUAAGCUGUAUGCUAAAGCAAAAAAAAAUAAAGAUGCAAAAGAAUGGGAAGAAUUUAAGGAUUUACGGAACAAAGUAACAAGGAUGAUCAGAGAUGCUAAAAAUGAAUAUCUUGCAAAACAUCCUGAACAGGCUGAUCUCUAUUCAAAUGAUGAGGAGCCAUAUGAUCAGAGAGAUGAAAAUUAUACCAAUUUAGAGGAUGAUGAGUCAUUUUAUUGUGAAAUAUGUGAUAGAAAUUUUUCAUCAGAAGAUGCUCUUUCUGAACAUAAAAGGGAACAUAAGCUGUGUGGUAUUGAUGGAUGUACUUUCUCUGCUCAUCCAUUACUCGUUGAAAAACAUAUUACUAUGCAACAUAACAGUGGUUUGUACCAUAAAAUAAAGAAUAUAUCAACUCCCGAAGAUAUUGAAAAAUGGAUAAUGGAACGAAAAAAGAGGUAUCCUACAAAAGCCAAUAUUGAGUUACGGAAAGCAGAAGAACUGGAAAAAGUACAAAGAGGGGAAAUAAUUAAACAAAAACAACAUGUUAUUAAACGAAAAAAAAAAAAAUUAUUACGUUCUUAUAAACGAAAAAGGAUAGUACAUAAACAGUCUACUGAAAUAUCUUGCGAUAUUAUAGAAAAAACACAAACAUAUAGGGGUUUACAUGAAUUUUCUGGUACAUUAAGCUUAAAAAAUGAAAAUUUGCACAUAGAAAAUCAGUCUACCAAUGAAACUGAAAAUUAUUAUGAGGAAAGCAUUAAUCAUAUUUCUGAUGAAGAAGAAAUCCCAGUUGCACUGCCAAAAUUUGCUGUUGCUACUUCUAAUGUAGUUAACUUAGUAGCAAAUUAUGAAAGUUCUGUGGAAGAUAAUGAUGCCCCUGAAGAAAUAUCAAUUAAAAGAGUAAAAUUGGAUGAUGAUAUAACGAUAGAAGAAAGUAAUGCAGUAGAAGAAUUAACAAAUAAAAAUGAAGUCAUCGACAAGACGUAUUUAAGUACCAAAUUUUCUAAUCCACAAUUAACAGAUUCCGGUCCUAAAGCCUCUAAAAAUAAACAUAAUAUUGCAUUACAUCGAAAUGCAAAAAAUAAAGAUCAAAAAACAACUAUAAAUAAAAGGCAGCCAUAUACAUCACAGUUAUUACAAAAAUUACUUUCGCGAUCUAUACAGCACGAAAGAAAUUUAAUUUGCCAAUGUAUAAAAUAUAUAGUUGAUAAUAAUUAUUUUGACUGA